AUGCGACGACGCCGCGGCGUCCCGUUUCGUGCCGGCGAGCUGCUGCCGUUUUUCCUUGUAGCCCUCGUCGGGCUAGCCGGCACAUGCGCACCGCCCGGCUUUGUCCAGAGCAACGAUCCAGCUUUUGUAAACGCACGAUGUUCCGAUUUGAUCCUCUAUCCAGUAUCUGCCGUUGACCAAAGCGAUCAAUACCGCUUUGACUAUUCGGACGUGAGCUUCGGCAACACGCACGCGCAGGGCGCGACGGUGGCCAUCACGUGCACGACGGGAGGGCAAACGGCGACGGUAGAAGGAUAUGAUCAGCAACGAGCCUCGAUCUCUGCGGCGCCAUCCCUGCUCGCCACCUGCACAAACGUCGGCGGCUCGCAGUACACGUGGACAAUCCUCGGCCGCAUCCUCCAGUUCGUCGAUUGUCGAUUC